AUGGACACGCAACGAGAUAUCGCGGUGGAGGGUGAUACUGCAUUCGCUCCACCUCCCGCAGCGUCCUACCGCUAUGUUAUUGAGCUGAAGAGCUCGAAGUUGAGCAUUUGGUUAGAAGACCGCACGUCUAAGAAGCAAUGGUACGCAGGCGACAUGGCCAAGUCCGACUACGUGUCGACUGCUAAUGCGAUUCCGGACGCCACCGUCACUGAUUACCUCAAGUGCUUCCAAGACACUCUGGAUAGUGACCUGGACGGCUCCAGUGACGUGCAACGAAAGCUGUAUCCACUAACCGGUGGAGGUCUCCGGCUGGAGCUGAUUGUCACCAUUCGGGUGCUUCGUUCGACGUGGUUGGCCAAGUAC